CUUCCGCAAAGAUGGCGGCGGCUGCGGGAAGAAGCGCUCGGCUGGCGGCCUGGGGCGAAAGGCUGCGGCGCGGGCUUGCGGCGGGCGGACGAGCUGUGCCGAGUCGCGGCCCUCUGGCAGCGGCUGUGGCCGGCGUGGCCCUGGCAGGCGCAGGAGCAGCAUGGCAUCACGGACGCGUGAAAGCAGCCGCGCGCGAGAGCACCCUUACGGGGUUGGUGCAGAAAAAUGACUUGGGACCAAUAGAGAAACUUUCUCUCCGCAAACAGCGGUUCAUGCAGUUUUCCUCACUGGAGCAUGACGGAGAGUAUUACAUGACGCCCCGAGACUUCCUCUUCUCAGUGAUGUUUGAGCGAAUGGAUCGUAAAACACUAGUCAAGAAGCUGGCAAAAAAGGAUAUCGAGGAUGUACUGUCAGGAAUCCAAACAGCACGUUGUGGAUCAACGUUUUUUAGAGACCUAGGCGAUAAAGGGGUAAUUUCAUAUACUGAGUAUCUUUUCUUGCUUACGAUCCUCACAAAGCCUCACUCUGGGUUCCAUGUUGCUUUUAAAAUGCUGGAUGCAGAUGGUAAUGAGAUGAUUGAGAGAAAGGAGUUUGUUAAGCUGCAGAAGAUCAUAAGUAAGCAAGAUGGCUUCAAGACAGUGAAGACUAAUGAGAUAGAAUACCAGGAACCAACAGUGAACGAGCCUGGCCUUAACACAACCCUUCAAGUGCGUUUCUUUGGGAAAAGAGGAGAAAAAAAGCUUCAUUAUAAAGAAUUUCGAAGAUUUAUGGAAAAUUUACAAACAGAAGUUCAAGAAAUGGAAUUCCUUCAGUUUUCUAAAGGUUUGAAUUUCAUGAGAAAAGAAGACUUUGCAGAGUGGCUACUUUUCUUCACUAACUCUGAAAAUAAAGACAUUUACUGGAAAAAUGUGAGAGAAAAGUUGUCAGUAGGAGAGAGCAUUAGUUUGGAUGAGUUCAAGUCCUUCUGCCAUUUUACAACACAUUUGGAAGACUUCGCUAUCGCCAUGCAGAUGUUCAGUUUAGCUCAUCGCCCUGUGAGGCUGGCGGAGUUCAAGAGAGCUGUGAAAGUGGCGACUGGACAAGAGCUUUCCAACAAUCUUCUGGACACUGUCUUCAAGAUCUUUGACCUGGACGGGGACGAAUGCCUCAGCCACGGGGAGUUUCUUGGAGUACUGAAAAACAGGAUGCAUCGAGGUUUAUGGGUGUCGCAGCAGCAGAGUGUGCAAGAAUACUGGAAGUGCGUGAAGAAGGAAAGCAUUAAGGGAGUGAAGGAGGCCUGGAAACAGGCCGGGAAGGGCCCUUUCUGAAAGACGUAACAGCUCACGGGGCCGGGAUAGUUCUCAAAGAACUGGCUGGUUUUCCAUAAGUCUUCAUUGAGUUGCCGUGCGGAUAAAGACGCCAUGUACUCAUUUUCUGACUUGGGGGUUUUGGAGGGAUGAGGGGAGGUGAAUAAUUGUGUGCCACAGUAGGAAGUCAGAGGCCAACCUGUGGGAGCCGGUUCUCCAUGGGAGUCCAGAGAUUGAACUCAGGUUAUGAGCUUUGGUGGCAAGUGCCUUCACCUGAUAAGCCAUCUCACCAGCGCUGACUCGGUAAUGUCUUGGUGAAUUUUCAUUGACAAAGUAUUCUUCUAUGAAAACAUGCACUGCUCUGUUAAAGGCCCGAAUGCAAAGGGAUGCUUUAGGAAGCCGAAGGCCAAGGCUGGCACUGCGUGCUUUGGACAUGAGAAUGCAGUGUGCUUUCUGGAGGGCUAAACAAGUCCACCAGGGAAGGGACAUCGUUCCCAAGACAGGUAUCGAUCCCAGAAGCCAUGGUGGCCUAGGGAGUAGUUGAAGUUAACACUUGCUUCGGUGUUUCUACCUUGAAAAUAACAUGUAAGUGACAGUGUCCUGUCUGGAAGCAGGAUAAAGUGUUUACAUUGAUACAAAAAGAAUUAUUUCUUUUAUAAAUUUCCAUGCUUUUGAAAUAUAAGUAUAGUGUCCUCUCCCAGAUACAUAGGUGUGGGGGCUCAACCAGCAUAGGACAUAGCUAUGUACCAUACUUUGCUAACAAGCAGCAGACAGUUCAAUCUCCAGCCACUCGUGCACACAGAUACACACACACUGAUCAUAAUAUCAAGGUUUCAUAAGGUAAGGUGUCUUGGGUUGUGGGAAACAUUCAGUAUGGCACUAUAAAGUUGUUUGCAAUAAAAUAAAUUUGAAAUAAUGUUAUGUGGAAAAGUAUGUAUAUGUUUCUGUAUACAGGUGGGCACACGUAUGUGUGGAAGCCCCUGUUCCUGUAAAUAACCCCCAUGUUUCUGCAGUCAUCCAAUAAACCCAUUGAUUCACCAAACUAGA